AUGACCGUAGCACGCCGGAAGUUUAUUCGUUUCCAAGGCGACUGCUCCGCCACCGGUCCAACCUGGUGGCUGGAAUCGGGACACUGGAAAGCGACUUGGAGGAGAGGGUCCCCGUCGACGGCGGCCGCCGCUACAGCGACUCACAGGGAAAGAAUCCGUGAAGACAACGACCGCCGCUGCAGCGUCUCUGCUGGAAGAGUAAGUGAAGACGUCGGCUUCUCCCGCAGUGACUCGAGAAGAGUCAGUGAAGACCUGGGCCGCCGCCUCAGUGUUUUUCGGGAGAGAAUUAGGGGAGAUGGUGGCCACGGUCACAGCGGCACUUGGGAGAGAGUGAGGGGAGACCGUGGCUUUCGCAUCGGCAACGUCAGUUUGAGCGAAGUCGGCAGCCACCAAACUAGUGACUCCGGGGGAACGGCCAGAGAAGACUGCAGCCUCCGCCUCGGUGGUACUUGGGAGGGAAUCAGGGAAGUCCGCGGUCCCGGCACCAGCGACUCUGGGGAGAGGGGCAGUGACGACCGCAGCCGCCGCCUCAGUGGCUCUUGGGAGGGAGGGAGUGUCGAUGGCGGCCACAGCCUCAGUAGUUCCUGGGAGGGAGUGAGUGAAGACCGUGGCUACGUGGCCAGCGACUCCUCCGGGGUGAGCGUCAGCCAAGACUCCGGCCGCCGCCUCAGUGGCUUCUGGGAGAGAGAAAGUGAAGACGAAGGUUCCGGCUGCAGGGGCUCCUGGGAGAGAGCGAGGGAGGACGGCGCCCCCGGCCCUAGCGAAGACGAAGACGGCCGCUGCAGUGUCUCGUGGGUGACGGCAAGUGAAGACCGCCGCAGCAGCAGGGGCUUGGAUUCAACUCCUUCCCGGAGCUCAAGGGAUUGCACCAUGCCCGGGGUGUCCCAUUCAGGCCCCUCCGCCUCCUCAACGGAGACUGCGACCCCCUGUGCCAGGAAGAAGGUACAUUUUGGUAGCAUACAUGAUGCAGUCCGAGCUGGAGAUGUAAAGCAACUUUCAGAAAUAGUAGAACGUGGAGCCAGCAUUAAUGAAGUUGACAUUCUUCAUAAAUUUACCCCUUUACAUUGGGCAGCACAUUCUGGAAGUUUAGAGUGUCUUCAUUGGCUCCUCUGGCAUGGAGCUGAUAUUAUGCAAGCAACUACGAGAGGCUGGACAGCAGCUCACAUAGCUGCAAUCAGGGGUCAAGAUGCUUGUAUGCAGGCUCUUAUACUCAAUGGAGCAAAUCUGGCAGCUCAAGAUGAUCGUGGUUGCACCCCUUUACACCUUGCUGCAACACAUGGACAUUCUUUCACUUUACAAAUAAUGCUCCGAAGUGGAGUGGAUCCCAGUGUAACUGACAAGAGAGAAUGGAAACCUGUACAUUAUGCAGCUUUUCAUGGACGGCUUGGCUGUUUGCAACUUCUAGUUAAAUGGGGAUGUGGCAUAGAAGAUGUGGACUACAAUGGAAACCUUCCAGUUCACUUAGCAGCCAUGGAAGGCCACCUUCACUGUUUUAAAUUCCUACUCAGUAGAAUGACCAGUGCAACACAAGCUUUAAAAGCUUUCAAUGAUAAUGGAGAAAACGUACUGGAUCUGGCUCAGAGGUUCUUUAAGCAGAACAUUUUACAGUUUAUCCAGGGGGCUGAGUAUGAAAGAAAUGAUCCAAAAGAUCAGGAAACUUUAGCAUUUCCAGGUCAUGUGGCUGCCUUUACAGGUGACUUGGAAAUGCUUAAAAAGUUAGUAGAAGAUGGAGUAAUCAACAUUAAUGAACGUGAUAAUCAUGGAUCAACUCCUAUGCAUAAAGCUGCUGGACAAGGCCAUAUAGAGUGUUUGCAGUGGAUAAUUAAAAUGGGAGCAGACAGUAAUAUUACCAACAAAGCAGGGGAGAAACCCAGUGAUGUGGCUAAGAGGUUUGCCCAUUUAGCAGCAGUAAAGCUAUUAGAGGGGCUACAGAAAUAUGAUAUAGAUGAUGAGAAUGAAAUCGAUGAAAAUGACAUGAAGUUUUUUAUAAGACAUGGUGUUGAGGGAAGCACUGAUGCCAAGGAUGAUUUAUAUCUUAAUGAGUCGGAUAAAACAGAUGCCAGAAUGAGAGCUUAUAAGAAAAUUGUAGAAUUGAGACACCUUCUGGAAAUUGCUGAGAGCAACUAUAAACAGUUGGGAGGGAUAACAGAAGAAGAUCUAAAGCAGAAGAAAGAACAGCUCGAGUCUGAAAAGACUAUCCAAGAGUUGCAGAGCCAGCUGGAAUAUGAACGACUACGUAGAGAAAAAUUAGAAUGUCAGCUGGAUGAGUGUCGAGCCGAGGUGGAUCAACUCAGGGAGACCCUAGAAAAUAUUCAGGUCCCCAACUUUGUGGCUGUGGAAGAUGACUAUUCUUGUGAGUCAAGCAAAGAGAAGAGGGAAAUGAAGAAAAAAGUGUCUUCUGCGGGAGUUUUUGUGAGAAGGGCAAUUGUCUGGAUCAUCCUUCCCUCUGAAGAGCUGAUUGCCAGCUUUGGGCUUCACCGGCAGAGGCCUUCUUGCCGUAUACCAGAUUGCCCACCAUCUAGGCCCUGGCACAUACCUUACAUGGAUGCUAAACGCCAUUUGACACAGUAUCAUCAGAACCAGUUUGCCCUGAUAUGAAUGAAUGUGAUUGCUAAGACCAGUACAGGCUGGUUAAGGAUCUGUAAGGAAGUGUUAAAAUCCUUUUGAUAAUAUUUCUAGUUAUUAUUGUUAGUUUCUCUUUGGUUUCCAAUAGACUUUCAAUCUGUAGUAAUAAUAUUUGUCAACAUUUAUUGGGCAUUUACUAUGUGUGAGAUCUGUGCCAAGUCCUUUACAGAUAUUCUCUCAAUUCUCACAACAGCUAUAUGUGAUAGAUACAUUUUAUACAUAGAGAUUAAAUAAUUUGUCCGGAAUCACAUAGCAAUGUGGAGCCAAGAUUCUGAUCUUAAUAGAGAAAGUUCAGAGUCUGUAUUCUUAACCAUGACUGGAAUUCACAAAUAUAUUUCCCUCACCUUCUGGGACAUAUCGCCUUACUUUUUCCUUCUAGUUUGGUGACCCAAAAGUUAAUCCCAACCCUGGAAAAAGUCUAUUAUACUUGCUCUGGUUUUCCCAUGUCUCUAGUCUCUCUCUGUACCAGUGAGGUAGGAAAUAUCAAAAAACUGUUGUAAUAGAAGUAUGUACCCUUCUGGCAGUGGUUCUCCGGUUGUUCCCCAAUAUCUGUUCUCCCCUUUUUCUAUAUUAUUAGGACUUAUGGGGGCUUGCGGCUGCUCAGGAUAAGGACUUACUUUCCAGCCUCCUUUGCAUCUAAGAUAUCAAGUUGUGGGCAAUAGACUGAGCAAAAAUGACAUGUAACCUCAGGGUCAUGCCCCUAAAGAGAAAGGAUUUGCCCACCUCUUGCCCAUUUCUUCUUCUGGAAUGUGGAUGUGUUAUUGGAUCUUGAGUAUUGGACCAAGGUCCAGUGAACGAGGGCAACACCAGAGAUGGUAGAGCAAUAACAUAAGUGGGAGCCUAGUUCUUGAUGCAUAGAGCUGAAAUAUUAACCCUGAUAUGCUUACACUUCGAUUGUAGGUCAGAGAAAAAUAAACCUCUAUAUUUUUUAAGCCACUAUUAUUUUGCAUUUUAUUAUAGCAGCUAAAUCUACAUUGUAAUGCA